AUGACAGCUGCCACACCGCUCCGUUUCCAAAUCUUGGAACCCAGACAGAUUGAAUCACCUACUAGUAGCGCUGCAGUUAUUAGGAAGCGAAAGGAUGAUCAACAUAAGUUGAAGCUAGAGGGUCUCUCUCAAAGGUGCCCUCAUGGUCAAAGGGCAUGUCGCCUGCAUGAGGGGAACGACGAAGCUUACGAGUGUAUUGAUACGAGUCAUGAAUUGGAAUCUUGCGGUGGAUGCAUUCACGGUGAAAUGGGAAUCGGUCAUGACUUCGGCUCUCCAAGGCACCCGAUUGGUGUGGACUGCACCUUACUUCCCGGAAUUACUCCUAACGGCGUGGCAUGCUUCGAGAACCGAUGUUUUGCGUUCGAUUGUGAAGAGGGAUUCCUUCUUGUUGAUCAGACAUGUGUGCGAAAAGGAUUAUGA